AUCUAAUUGGGCUUUACUCAUAGCCCUAACGUAAAGAAUUAACCCGUAAACCCUGAUUGAGUUCACAACACUUAAACCCUAAUUCAAUAUCAAUAAAAUUACCCAAAUUGAAGUCUUAAAGCUUCUUGUAAAAUUUGUGUAAAGGGGUUCUCCUAAAGACACUAGCAGUGAAAGUUUGAUACUGAUUGGGACUGCAAAAUGUUGGAUGAGAGCAAGCUUGAUGUGGAGUUGAAGUUGUUUGCAAUUCGCAUCCCUCGGGAGAUGUGCAAGGCUGUAGGCAGAUUGCUACAUGGGUACUUGAUUGACAGACCUCGAAUCAGUCCCAUCACCAAAGAUCCAGCAAAUGAGAAAUGUCGUUAUAUUAUACUAUCAGAGAAGGUUCAGAAUCCUGAUUUAUCUGAUAUUCCAAGUGAAAAAAUUGACGAGCUGAAGAAGCUUUUUGAAGUGGAAGUAGUUCCUUAUUCAAUGACCCUUGGAUAUUCCUACUGGGGUGCAGAUCACGUGUUGAAGCAGAUUCUUCCUCCCGGGCUUACAGCACAGUCAUCAUUUGAAACCAUAGGUCACAUUGCCCAUUUGAACAUAUGCCAGGAACUACUUCCUUACAAGGAUAUUAUUGCGAAGGUCAUAUAUGAUAAAAAUUAUCCCUCUAUCCAGACGGUUGUUAAUAAAGUGGGAAGUAUUACUAACGAGUUCCGUGUACCAAAGUUUGAAGUACUAGCUGGAAAAACUGACAUGACUACCGAAGUAAAGCAGUGUGGAGCAACGUUCAAGCUUGAUUAUGGCUUGGUCUAUUGGAAUUCAAGGUUGGACCAUGAACACGGAAGGUUGAUAUCGCUAUUUCAAGCAGGGGAAACCAUAUGUGACAUGUUUGCUGGUAUUGGUCCAUUCGCUAUUCCAGCUGCAAAGAAAGGAUGCCUAGUGUAUGCAAAUGAUUUGAAUCCAGACAGUGUUAAUUAUCUGAAGAUCAAUGCCAAAAUCAACAAGGUUGAGGAUUGCGUUCAUACAUACAACAUGGAUGCUAGAAAAUUCAUUGCACAACUGAUGUCAGUUCCAACUUGCGAGACACAAUAUGUUGCUCCUUUUCCUGGGCCACUCAAUGAACUGGGCGAAGUACCAAAAGAAGAAGACAGCGGGCAGACAAAUGGCAAGGUGAAAGAAGUUUCGUGCAGUAAGUCAAUUACUUUGGACUCUGACAGAGUUGUGGGUAUGAAUGAAGAUGCAACUGUGACUACUCUUAAACGACCUUCAGAUGUUUCUGAAGAAGAAGUUGGUGUUUGUGCAGCUUCAAAGGCAAGCAAGGGAAAAAAUAAACGCAUAAAAGCUUCUGUGUCAGUCAGUACUAAACCUUGGGAGCAUGUUGAUCAUUUAAUAAUGAAUCUUCCUGCUUCUGCCCUUCAAUUUAUUGAUUCAUUCAGAGGUCUUAUCCGGAGAAAAUACUGGAAGGGCUCACUACCUUGGAUUCAUUGUUAUUGCUUCAUGAGGUCAUCUGAGACGAGAGAAUCAGUAAUAUCAGAAGCCGAGUCCGCUUUAAAGGCUAGUAUCAAAGAUCCAGUAUUUCAUAGGGUUAGAGAUGUUGCUCCAUACAAGGCUAUGUAUUGUUUAAGUUUCAAGCUGCCAGAAGAAGCCUGUAUCGGUGAAGAUGACUUGGAGAUUCCCACACCGUGCUAAUCUACAGAUCAAUAUGUAUAAGCACUUGCAGGAUCUGUCUGAAAGAAUCGCAGAUUCGGUGAUUUAACACAUAUGUUCCAUAGUUCUCUUCUUAAAUUUGAAAGGCAAAAAGCCCAAGUACAAUACGCAGUGUAAUCUGAAAUAAUCACUGAGAAACAAUUAUUCCAAUAUAUAAAAUUUUAAGUUCAUGUUA